AUGUCUUCCAAUAAUCACCCGGUUUUUUCCCACAAGACCCAAAGAAACUCUGAUGACCUACCUGGGACGACCUCCAGUGGCAAGAAAGGGCCUGUAUUAUGUUUUCAAAACCUCUCUUAUGAAAGUCAAGAAAAAAGUGGCUUCCCAUUUUGUUGGAAAACAACUGAUAAAAGGACAUUAUCAGUUAUCAAUGGGAUCAUGAAACCUGGCCUUAAUGCCAUCAUGGGACCCCCAGGUGGAGGAAAAUCUUUGCUAUUAGGUCUGUUAGCUGCAAGGAAAAAACCAAAAGGAUUAUCUGGAAACGUUUGGGUACAUGGAGUACCCAAAUGUAAUUCAGGAUAUGUGGUACAGGAUGACGUUGUGAUGAGCACCCUGUCAAUGAGAGAAAACAUACAGUUCUCAGCUUCUCUUCAGCUUCCAACAACUAUGUCAAAGGAGGAAAAAAAUAAUCGAAUCAGCAAGGUUAUUGAAAAGUUAGGUCUCUGUGAAAUGGCAGAUUCCAAGCAAGGAACAUGUUUUGUGAAAUCUAAAGGAGAAAGAAAAAUGGUUAGUAUAGGAAUGGAGCUGAUCCUUGAUCCUUCCAUCUUGUUCCUGGAUGAGCCCACAACUGGUUUAGACUGGAACACAGCAUAUAAGAUCAUUAAACUCCUGAAAAGCAUUUCUGAGCAGGAAAGAACAAUCAUCUUCUCCAUUCAUCAGCCUGGGUACUCUAUCUUCAACAUAUUUGACAGUCUCACCUUAUUGGCCUCAGGAAAACUAAUGUACCACGGUCCUGCACAGGAGGCUUUGGAGUACUUCAAAUCAGCAGGUUACAAAAGUGAGUGCUAUAUCACCCCUGAAGAAUUCUUCCUGGAUAUCAUUACUGGUAUAAUAAAGAGAGAGUCAGAAGACCAUGAAGCUAACAACACUGAAAUGCCUUUAGAGAAUGAAGAGUCAGUCAUAGAAUCAUUAGCUGAUUUUUAUACAAAAUCCACCAUCUGUGGAGAAACAAAAUCUGAACUAGAACGACUCUCAAAGGAUCUGAACAAGAGGCGCUUAUUCAGAGAGGAGAUCACCUAUGUUACCUGUUUUGGUCAUCAGCUCAUACACAUCACCCAGCGUUCAUUCCAAAACUUGGUGGGUCAUCCCCGGCCCUGGAUAGUUCAGUUAAUUGGCACAUUGAUUCUGGGACUCGUGGUAGGUGUCACUUUUCUUUUGCUGAGGGAUCACUGUACUGAAAUCCAAAUUAGGUGUGUCAUGUUUGUAACACAGAGUGACCACCAGACUGCUGGGCAGGAUGCAGUGGUUGGAAGUGUGGGACUAGAUAAGGAGGAGCCAUCACAGGCUUCAUGCUCACAUAGGGCUCCUUCUCACAAGAAGAAAGAAGCAGUUCCUCUUACAGCAGACAGGCCAUGGCUAUUUUAA